UUAGCCAAUCGGUUCACUCCACCGGGCGGCGCUCCCGAAUGAUACACAGAGGGGUCGGCGUUAAGCCAUGAGCUCAAAUAACUUCUUUACAUCCGCUGGUUGAGGUGUGGUUACAUCAGCGCUGCAGAGAGUGUGUGUGCGCGCGCCUGCCUGCAGAGCACCGUCAGCCAUGCCUGUGACAUCUCAGCUGCUCAGGGCUUUGCCUCACUCCAAGGUCUUGGCCUCCAGUCUUUUACCAUGCCAACAACACCAGUCCCAGUUUGGGCCUGUAGCUCACCUACCUGCCUCAAGAAAGUCGUCCCACAUGUGGCAACGACGCCAGCCAUCAAGAAGUUACCAGACAUCCUCAGUUCUCCACAGCUACAUCCUCACCCCUCCGCAGGUCAACUCCAUUCUCAAAGCCAACGAGUACAGCUUUAAGGUGCCAGAGUUUGAUGGGAAAAAUGUGUCUUCGGUGAUGGGUUUCGAAAGUAAUCAGCUGCCAGCCAACGCUCCCAUCGAAGAUCGCCGCAGCGCAGCCACGUGCCUGCAGACACGAGGGAUGCUGCUCGGCGUGUUCGACGGCCACGCUGGCUGCGCCUGUGCACAGGCGCUGAGUGAGAGGUUGUUUUACUACAUAGCAGUGUCACUGCUGCCCCACAACACUCUGUGUGAGCUUGAGGCAGCAGUGGAGGCCGGCAGGGCUCUCAGUCCCAUCCUGCAGUGGCACAAACACCCCAACGAUUACUUCAGUAGGGAGGCUCAGAGGCUCUACUUCAACAGCCUUCGAACCUACUGGCAGGAAUUAAUCGAUCUAACCAGCCCAGGUGACGUUCCAGACACCCGCGAGGCGUUGCUGAAUGCCUUCAAGAGGCUCGACAAUGAUAUUUCACUGGAAGCUCAGGUUGGAGACCCAAAUGCUUUUUUGCACUACUGGGUUCUGAGAGUGGCCUUUUCUGGAGCAACAGCCUGUGUGGCUCACAUUGAUGGACCAGACCUCUUUAUAGCCAAUGCAGGAGACGCUCGGGCAGUUUUGGGUGUCCAAGAGGAGGAUGGUUCAUUCAGCGCUCACACACUCUCCAAUGACCACAACGCCCAGAAUGAGAGCGAGGUGGCUCGGAUACGGAGCGAACACCCUCCAUCAGAGAGAAAAACGGUCAUCCGUCAGGAGCGGCUGCUCGGCCUGCUCAUGCCUUUCCGUGCGUUCGGGGAUGUGAAAUUCAAGUGGAGCAUUGAGCUGCAGAAGCGCGUCUUGGAGUCCGGACCUGAUCAGCUUCACGAAAACGAGCACACCAAGUUUAUCCCCCCGAACUAUCACACCCCUCCUUACUUGACCGCUGAGCCCGAGAUCACGUAUCACAAGCUAAGGCCACAGGAUCGCUUCCUGGUGAUUGGCUCUGAUGGCCUUUGGGAGACCCUCCACAGGCAGGAAGUGAUUCGUAUCGUCGGGGAGUAUUUGACUGGGGUCCACCAGCAUCAGCCGCUCAAAGUCGGAGGAUACAGGGUGACCUUGGGACAAAUGCAGGGGCUGCUCGAGGAGCGAAAGGCUCGUGCGUCCUCAGCAUUCGAAGAUCAGAACGCCGCCACCCACCUGAUGCGCCACGCGGUGGGAAACAACGAGUUUGGCACAGUGGACCACGAGAGGCUGUCAAAGAUGCUGUCACUGCCCGAAGAGCUGGCUCGCAUGUACCGCGAUGACAUCACCAUCAUCAUCACGCAGUUUAACCCUCAUGUGAUUGGAGCACAGAGACAGGAAGGCCAGUCAUGAGCUGCUCAUUAGCCAUGUAACACUGAUCACACACACACACACACACACACACACACACACACAGCAGAUCUGUAUCUAAGCACACCGAGGACAAACCGGCCAUAUUCAGUAUCUGUCCACUGUUAAAUAUCAUUGUUUUAACACUAUAUAAAGAGUGUAUUUGUAUGCAGUGCUGCGGUUUCUUAUGAAGAUGUCAGCUAAAAACUGGAUGACGUUUCUUAUAACGUGUUAUUUAUGCUGCCGCUCGUUGCCAUUUUCAUGUACACUUCUCUUUGUAAUAAGACACUGUUACAAACUGAAAAUCUAGAAACUUCCAAAAAGGGUAAAGGAUGUGGGAGUGGCUUAGAAAGCAAAGAGGCUUUUAGCGACAGGGCUGACUCCACCUGUUGUUCUAUUAUGGAUUUUAAAUAGGCUGUGCCCCGAUUGCAGCGUGCUCUCGUUUUCGGCUACAAGCAGGAUACAGUCAUAUUCUCUUUGUUUCUGAGGGACUGUUGUUACGACCUGGGCUGAUUCAUCGAUUUGUUUUUACCCUGUGACAUUGUAUGAGAUGUUCUUAGUGAAUCUAAACACAGAUGCUUUGUUCUGCGUUUACAGUGAGAUCUACUCCAUUGAUUUCAGAGUGUUAAGGUGUUCACAUUGAUGUCCACGUCCAAUGUGGAGGUAAAUACUCUAGAAUGUAGGCUACAAGCCGACUCUUAAACCUCAUACGGCUCAAAAUAAAGUUGAGGGCUCACAGUUUAAGUUAGAGAGAAGUCAUUCUGUUACACAGAGAAACUAGGGAGGGAGGAGUUGUGGUUUGAGUGCUCGCUGCUCGCAUUAAAGGGGUAACUUGGGAAGAAGAGAGGUUUUUUUCAUCCUUAAGGUCACAAGCUGGAGAGGUCAGGAACUUCUGACAUAAGUGAUCGUUUUCACUUUGAAUCCAGUGUACUUUCACACAGAGCAAUGACAAAAGCACCUCACUGAAGAUCUGAGCUGCACGUGUAUGAGUACACUGAUAUUUACCCAUCUGCCAACAAAUUGAGUUAUUCUCCAUAUGUAACGCUGCUUUGUAUCCCUGAUAAUAGAGGAUCAAAGUCAGACUUCCUGUUAAUGAGCACCUUAAUGCACACACUGACCUUGUUCGUUUUUCUUUUUUGACCUUGAGUUUCUUUUCCAAAUACUGAAGGGUUAAAAACCAUAUUAUGACAGGUCAUUUAUAGUGUAACAGGUUGUUACAGAUUGGAAGUUUAUCAUUCAUGUGAUUAAUAAGAAUCAAAGCAGCAAACCAACCUCUCCUGUUACUUAGAAAUCAGGGUUGUGGUUGUUGAAUGAGCAGAAUGUACAUUUGAAAGAAGCUGUUUGAAUAGUAAAUAUUAUUUAUUCAGCUUUUGGAGUAUGUGACACAUCAUUUGUGUUGUAUGUAUAAAUUUUAACUUAUGUGGGUUGAGUUUUGUAUAUGGAAUGCUUUAAUA